UUACCGUACUCAAGAUGGCGGCCCCGCGGAGGCAUGACUGACGCUAAUCGGGUAGCGACUUUCACCGGGAUGUUUAUGUCUGGAGGAAGUGUAUACUUCAUGGCUGCACGUUUUGUCUGAAAACACAGCGUUUUGACAUCUUUAAAAUAUAACUGACACACUCAAAAGACAAUUAUUUAACAGACCGGCCACAGAAAAUGGCAGCUAGCUAAACGAGCAUGUCCGAGUGUCUUGCUGAAUGAUGUCGAAGCUGUGCCCGUGAAAGGUGUCCCGGUGACCCGCCGCAGCAGAGCCGGUUCCGGGGACAUGUCCUUCUUUCUGCGGAUCCGUGUUCGCCGGGCUGUGGGUGGAGGCUGCACGGUUGCUUUCCGGAGGUGCUCCACGGCUCCGGGACAGGCUGGAUCCGGGUUCUCCGCGGGUCCUGGACAGGCUGGGUCCGGGGGCUCCGCGGCUCCGGGGCAGGUGCAGGAGGGCGCAGGGGUCCGAGUGCGUUUUGCCCCAAGCCCCACAGGGUUCUUACACUUGGGAGGCCUGCGCACGGCUUUGUACAACUACCUGUUUGCCAAGAAGUACAGAGGCACCUUCAUCCUGCGCCUGGAGGACACUGACCAGAGCCGCCUGGUCCCAGGGGCCGCCCAAGCCAUAGAGGACAUGCUGGACUGGGCAGGCAUUCCUCCAGACGAGAGCCCCCAGCGUGGCGGACCUGUGGGGCCCUACCUCCAGUCCCAGAGGCUGCAGCUGUACUCCUCCACAGCCCAGCGCCUGCUCCAGUCUGGACACGCCUACCACUGCUUCUGCAGCCCCCAAAGAUUGGAGCUGCUCAAGAAGGAGGCUCUGCGCAGCGGUCACACACCCAGGUAUGAUAACCGGUGCCGGCACCUGGAGCCUGCACAGGUGCAGCAGAGGCUGGAGCAGGGCCUCAGUCAUGUGGUCCGCUUCCGUCUGCAGGAGGGGGCGGAGCCUUUCCAGGACCUGGUCUUUGGAUGGACUCGUCAUGAUGUGGCACAGGUGGAGGGAGACCCAGUGAUCCUGAAGGCAGACGGUUUCCCCACGUAUCACCUGGCCAACAUCGUGGACGACCACCACAUGGGCGUGAGCCACGUGCUGCGCGGCUCUGAGUGGCUCAUUUCCACCUCCAAACACCUGCUGCUGUACCGCGCCCUGGGCUGGACCCCCCCGGCCUUCGGACACCUGCCCCUGCUCACCAACAAGGACGGCUCCAAGCUGUCCAAGCGUCAGGGUCACAUCUUCAUCCAGAGGUUCAGAGCAGAGGGGGUCCUGCCCGAGGCUCUGCUGGACAUCACCACCAACUGUGGCUCAGGCUUCGACUCUAAUCGCAUGGGCCGCAGUCUGGAUGAGCUGAUCGCAGAGUUCAACCCGUCAAAGAUCACCACUCACUCUGCUCUCAUGGACCUGGACAAGCUGCCUGAGUUUAACCGGAUCCACCUGCAGCGGCGUGUGGACCACCCUCUCCUCUGCUCUUCUCUGGUGGAACAUCUCCAGAGCCUGCUCCAGCUGCAGUACUCCGAGCUGAGUCUGGACCAGGAUGUCCUGCAGCCUGACUACAUCACACGAGUGCUGCAUCACAGGAAGGGACACAUCUCCUCUGUGAAGGAGCUGCUCAGCCCACAGUACUCUUACCUGUGGAUCCGACCUUCCUACACCCCCCAGCAGGUGGCAGCAGUCACUAGUGAGGCCCCCCACAUCGCCUCUCUAGUCAUCAGGCUGCUGGAGCAGAGCGGAGAGCUGACAGUGGAGCGUGUGAACUCUGAGCUGAAGGCUGUGGCCAAACAGAGUCAGUGCACUCAGUACAGAGAGGUGAUGAGGCUGCUGCGGCUGGCUCUCAGCGGCCUGCAGCAGGGCCCCAGUGUGGCGGAGAUGAUCGUGUGUUUAGGAGCGUCUGAGACAGUCCACAGACUCCACAGGCUGCUGCAGCCUGCACACACCUGACUCGACUCUGGACACACACUCUCUGGACACUUCAAUCUUUAUCUUUUAUAUUAAAAAUGUAUUUUCAAAAUGUAAAAUGUCUGAUCAUUACAAUUACAAUUUUCACAAUUAAAUUCAAAGAACAAGA